UCUUAAUAGUCAUACUUCAUCAUAAAUCAUACAUGCAUAUCAUAUCAUAUCUUGUCUUAUCAUAUCAUAGAUUUCAAAUCAAAUCGUGUCUUAUGAUAUCAUAAAUCAAAAUGAAAUUGUAGUCUUUCAUAAAAUAUCGUGAUACAUGUUUCUUCACAUAAAAUCAUGACAUUUCACAAAUAUUUUGAUGCAUAGCUCUUCACAUAAAAUCAUGGCUUUUCAUAAAAUAUCUUGAUGCAUAACUCUUCACAUAAUAUCAUGGCUUUUCAAAAAUAUUUUGAUGCAUAUGUCGUGCAACUAACAUGAAACUUAUGCAUAAAAUCAUGGCAUUUAUAAAUUUGUCAUGGUAGUCAGAAAUCAUUUCCUUCAAGACGUGUACGUAAAAAGGGGCUUCCAAUGGAAGGCAUACCUGUAUAAUAUUUUUAUAAAAGAUAUGUCGUUUACCAUAUAUACGUGUAAGGGUAUGAUCAUGCUACUUACCUCGUAGUAUUAAUCCAAUAUUUUCGAGGGGAAACCGAUUACCUAUGAAAUAGGCCUGUAAUUUUCGUCAAUGUAUAAUUAAACAUGUACUUCAUAAUUAGAACUUGAAAUACUAAAUUAACCUAUAUUUCCUAAAGCCUAAAAUCCUAAAAAAUCUCAUUAACUCCAUAACAUUGAUGUUAAAACUGUAAAUCUAGUGUUAACGUGUCCAAGUUUAAUUUCCGACAUUCUGUCAAUUACCCUAACAAUAGUCUAACCUUUCGUGGGCCCAAACUCUCAUAAAUCGAUAUUUCCCAUCAAACCCAUAAAACAUAAGUCCAAGCCCAUGGCCUGUUUAUAACAAAUCAGGAUCACCUAUAGGGUCCACCCAAGUAUAUUAUAACCUCAACCCAUAUAUCCAACUCAUAAAAACUUAAGAGGCUAACUUCACAAGAGAGACACGCCGCAUUGACAUAGUGUCUCACGUAGAGAGAGAGAGAGAGAGAGAGAGAGAGAGAGAGAGAGAGAGAGAGAGAGAGAGAGAGUUCUCUUAGGUAGUCAACCGUGUUGAGAGGAGGAGCACAACCGAGUAGUGGGGGGCCGCAGUCCGACGAUCUCCUGCGACCUAGAGCUGUUGCUGAUGGUUGGCUUGAGCUCUUCACGGUGGUAUACUGGCUUGGUUUGGAUGGAUGGUGGCUGACAGUGGAGGAGCCUAUGUUAUUUGGUCUUCAAUUCUGGUGUAACGAGGAAGGCUGGUUGGUUCAUGGUACAUUGCAUAGUUCUCGGAUGUGGCUAAGGAGGAUGGGCAAUGCUAGGCAGCGUUUGGGCAGUUUCUGGUGGCUGGACGUCACUAGCAGUGGUUUGCUUUGGCAAGGUGAUGGAGUUUCUAUCGUUGGUAGCACAAACGCAGUGGUUGGGUUGAGGUACUUGGUUUUGGGUGUAGAAAAAAAAGGGGGUGGGCGGUGGCCAAGAUGGGGAGACUUGUGGCUCUAGAUGAGCCUCUACAUGGUGGGUCAAGGGAGUGGUUUGGGUGUUUACUGGCUAGUGGUUGUGACGCUGGUCUAUGUUGUUUGCAAUGGUUCCAACGGCAACAGCUUGUGUGAGGUUGCAACUAUUGUGAGGGCUUGGUUGUCUCACAAUGCAGCGGCGUGGCUCUUCUUGGAGGCUGCUCUUCCGUGCGACAUGGCAAUGAGGGGAGGCAGUGAGUGUGUUGGCUAUGGACUGGGGAGACAACAACAACGUGAGGCUUGGUAGAAAGAAAAAUGCAGGUCUCUGGGGCCACUGAUUUAGCUUCAAAUGGACAAGGCGUGUCAGAUAGUAGUAAUGUGAAAGUUAAAGGGGAACUUGACGACCAAUUUCAACUAGAUACAAAAAUUCGCUGCCUUUGUGGGAACUCAUUGGAGUCGGAGUCAAUGAUCAAGUGCGAGGAUCCGAGAUGCCAUGUGUGGCAACACAUUAGCUGUGUUAUAAUUAUGGAGAAACCUACAGAAGGGAAUCCCCAAGUUCCUGAUUUGUUUUAUUGUGAACUUUGUCGACUUAGUCGCGCUGACCCUUUUUGGGUUACGGUGGCAAAUCCUUUAUAUCCUGUGAAGUGGACUAAUACAAAGAUUCCAACUGAUGGUACGAACCCCGUGCAAAGCCUGGAGAAAACAUUUCAACUCACGAGGGCUGACAAGGACUUACUGGCAAAACAAGAAUAUGAUGUUCAGGCUUGGUGUAUGCUUCUGAAUGACAAGGUUCCAUUUAGGAUGCAGUGGCCGCAAUAUGUAGAUCUUCAUCUUCAAGUCAAUGGUAUGCCUGUACGUGCAAUCAAUAGACCUGGCUCACAACUGCUUGGAGCUAAUGGUCGCGAUGAUGGUCCAAUUAUUACUCCGUACACAAAAGACGGAAUUAAUAAGAUUUCCUUAACGGGAUGUGAUGCUCGCAUAUUCUGUUUUGGUGUUCGAAUUGUAAAGCGGCAAACUGUUCAUCAGAUUCUCAGCAUGAUUCCCAAAGAGUCUGAAGGUGAGCGUUUUGAAAAUGCUCUUGCUCGUGUUUGUCGGAUUGGUGGUGGAACAGCUACAGAUAAUGCUGACAGUGACAGUGAUGUGGAAGUUGUUGCAGAUUAUUUUGGUGUCAAUCUACGAUGUCCGAUGAGUGGUUCGAGAAUGAAGGUUGCUGGAAGAUUCAAACCUUGUACUCACAUGGGUUGUUUUGAUCUUGAGGUCUUUGUGGAGUUAAAUCAACGUUCUAGAAAGUGGCAAUGCCCCAUUUGUCUCAAGAACUAUGCAUUGGAGAAUAUCAUUAUCGACCCUUACUUCAAUCGUAUUACAUCUAUGAUGAGGUACUGUGGCGAAGAUGUAGCUGAGAUUGAGGUGAAGCCUGAUGGCUCUUGGCGUGUCAAGACUAAAAAUGAAAGUGAACGAAGGGAUAUGGGGGAUCUUGCGCAGUGGCAUUUUCCUGAUGGUACUAUUUGUGUUCCUGAUGCACAAGUUAGACCAAGAGUGGAAGUGUUGAAAGAGAUCAAACAUGAAGGUAUUUCAGAAGGUCAUACUGGUUUGAAACUAGGAAUAAGGAAGAAUAGUAAUGGCUUAUGGGAGUUCAGCAAACCAGAAGAUAUGAACACCUCUUCUGAGAAUGGAUUACAAGAAAGGUUUGCAAACUAUGAGCAGAAAGUUAUUCCAAUGAGCAGCAGUGCCACUGGAAGUGGUAGGGAUGGUGAAGAUCAAAGUGUAAAUCAGGAUGGAGGUGGGAAUUUUGACUUUUCUGCCCAAAAUGGGAUCGAGAUGGAAUCGAUAUCUUUGAAUGUUGAUUCAGCAUAUGGAUUUGCUGGACAUAAUCCCUCUGCACCAAUAGGGAGUGCAGAUGUUAUUGUUCUGAGUGACUCUGAUGGAGAGGAUGACGUAAUAGUAUCUUCUGGAACUGUCUACAAGAACAAUCCAACUGAUGCUGGUGGGGUAAACUUUUCUGUUCCCCCUUCUGGGAUUGGUGAAACAUACCCAGAAGAUCCCACUCUUGGAGUGGGAAGUUCAUGCUUGGAUAUUUUUAAUGAUGAUGAAUUUGGAAUGCCUCUCUGGCCACUACCUCCUGGAACUCAAGCAGGUCCGGGUUUUCAAUUAUUUAGUUCUGAUGUAGAUGUGCCAGAUGGCCUAGUGGGUUUGCAACAUGGCUCUAUGAAUUGUUCUUCCUCAAUGAACGGCUAUACAUUGGCUCCAGAGACUGACAUGGGGUCUGCUACCUUACUAUCAGAUCCCUCUAUUGGUCGCUCUGAUACUGACAUAAUUGAUGGUUUAGUUGAUAAUCCCUUGGCAUUUGCUGGGGACGAUCCGUCGCUUCAAAUAUUUCUUCCCACAAGACCCUCAGAUGCUGCAGUACAGACUGAUAUGAGAGAUCGGGUUGAUGUGUCAAAUGGCGUUCGUACCGAGGAUUGGAUUUCUCUUAGUCUUGGGGGUGGUGCCACUGGCAGUAAUGGUGAAUCGGCAGCCCCAAAUGGAUUGAAUUCAAGAGAACAAAUGCCAUCGAGGGAAGGUGCCUUGGAUUCAUUGGCAGACACUGCUUCUUUGCUUCUUGGUAUGAAUGACAGUAGAUCCGACAUGUCAAGCAGACAACGAUCAGAUAGCCCUUUCUCGUUUCCUCGUCAAAAACGUUCUGUAAGGCCGCGAUUGUACCUCUCUAUUGAAUCGGACUCUGAAUAGAUAAACUGGACCUAUUUUGUCGGCAUUUGAACUUUUUUCAGGAUAUAAAACACAACAUCCAGUGAGCCUGUGAUCAGUCGCUUUCCAAGUUCAUUAUUAGUAGUGAGUAUGUUGACAAACAUUUUGGUGUGCAUCGAAUGUAAAUGUGUUAUAAUGAUCGAUGGCAGAACAAAUCAAGAAAACUGUUAUUGCCUAAUGAGAAAACUGCUAGCACCUGCAGAAUCUGUUUUCCCCUUUUGUACUAACAAUUGGUUCACUUCAUGCUUUUCUGUUCAAUCCCCCAUUGAAGAUCUGCAGGUGCAGUGCUGGUAAUUUGUACAGCAGAUAGUAAUUUUAUUCUGGAUGGAUGGAAUUAAAUCCAUUGGUUUAAAACCUUUGGGUAAGGGGGAGAGUCCCCCUUAGAAAUACAUAUAUCUGCCGAUUUGUCUCUGUUUUAUAAUGAGACCAAAUAGCCUGUAAAUGUUCAUUUGAAUCGAGUUUUAUUUAUAGAAAAAUUUAUAGUUAUUCAAA